ACCCAAGGUGUCCCUCAGACACUCUUGGAUGUUCUGGGCCCAGGGCAGAAGCCUCUGAGACCCUGGCAGGUGGCCAGGGACCCCUGUGGUCUUGAGCUUGACCCAUGGAACAAUUUACCAACCUUGCAGGAAGAACAAGAAAUCGCAAAAGUUUAGAUAUUAUAGUAGAAGUAGUCACAAAGUGAAAGGUAGGAUUUUUGAGUGCUGUACAGGGGGGUUUUAGGCCUUGUACAGGGGGGUCUGAGUUUUGUACAUGGGGGUCAGAAGUUCUAAGAUGGAGGGAUUUGGGCGUGCCCUGUCCUCCUUCUUUCUUCUUCCUAUUCUCCAUGUUCUUGGUGGUGUUGGCACUCACAGAUUGGUUUAGAGUAGAAAGUCACUGUUCAAUAUAGGUAGUAGACAUUGGGGAAAAACUGUAAACACCUAAUACGUAAUAUGUGAUAUAAAAGAUGGCACCAGCCCCUCGGGGAGGGGAGACGGGAGACAGCCAGAGACGGGGACAGACAGAGUCAGUGACAAUGUCAGGGAGUCUGUGUGCCUUGAGAUAACAUGCAAUAAACUGCCUUGAGACCGGACGACUGAAGACUACUGAGUCUUUCUUUGAAGGCACGGGUUGGAGGAGAGACUUUACCACCAUCCGGAGUCUCCCCAAGCCGGGGAGGGCUCCGGCAUCUGGCGUCCCUGGGUGGGCACCGACAAGAGACUAAUUUAUCAGACGACCUCCAACUUCCACCUGAGAAACAGGCACACCCUGAGGACUCCGAAGAGAGAGAGAGCGGACAGCUCCAGACGAAACAUCCUGACCUUCACCAAAACAAAUCAUCCCAAGGACAGCCCGGAGAGGAGAAAAACCAGAAGCGCGCCUGGAAUUUCUCGCCUGUGAGCUGCUGCACAGUAAUCAGGAUCAUCUCCGGACCGACCUUGCGCUGACUCGGUUUUUGGUGAGAUUGGUUGAGAUUGAGAACAUGGGGGGGGGAUACUCCCAAGAGCAGAUCCAAGUUUUGUCAGCCCUACAGAGGGUGGCAUCCACACAUCCUGUGGAGAUGGCUCCAAAAGAGCUAAAAGCUUUGUUGUUGUGGGUGCGGUGUAAUUACCCGCACAUAGAGACACAUCUCUUGUUCGAACCAAAUUUCUGGCAAGAGAUCAAUAGGCAUUUGCAUUAUCUGGCCACAAAAAGAGAUAAGAAUGCCGCAAAACUUUUACCUUCCGCGAGAAUAAUGUUAGAGUCGCUUUCACAACGCGGCAAGGGGUCUCUUGUUUCACACCAAAUAGCUCAAGCUCCUGAAGGAGCACAGGGAGAAUUGCCCAGCCAGCAGCAUGGGGCAGCUCUCUUCACCACAGAUCAAGAGGAAGCAGAAUCGCUUCCCGUGGAAAAGCAAGGGGAUGAUUUUUCAGCACGCCCAGGAUCCCCGGAUUCCCACAGGUCCUCAGAUUCCCCUGAACCCCCAGAAUCUCUAGGGUCCUCCGAUGCAGAAACCCCUCAGUCGGUUGCAGAUCAGCCGGGGAUAGUUGUCACCCUCGGUGAGGGAGGAGAUCGGGAGUACCCCGAGUCUACACUCACAGGGGGGGGGGCUGUAGCAGCGCAGGCUGGGGAAGGUGCAGAUGGGAAUGUAGAACCCAGAGAGGAGGGGGAGCCGUCUCUCGCAGCAGCGGCGGCGGGCAGUUUGCAACAGCUCGCGGCGCCGGGGAGAGCGGGGGGGACUGUGAGGGCAAAGGGGACCAGUGAGAAGGCGGGGGAUGUGGGCGCGGCGGUCGUACGUCCCGAGGGUCCCGUGACGCGUGCCAUGGCGAGAGCCCGCGCUGCCGCAGCGGCAGCCGCCCAGCAGGCACAGGGUGAAGGCUCCCAAACCACAGCAGCGGCGUUGGCCAGGCAGCAGGCCGAGACAGAGCGAAAAACUACGGCUCGUCUCGCGGCAGCGGCAACGCGCAUGCGUGGGAUGGAGAAGCGAAACCCAGAGGCCGGGGCGGGGGAGGGCACCUCGCGUGCGGCGGGCGCGACACGGGCGCAGACGGGACGGAAGCGACGCGCUCGGGCUGUGGGCGUUGGCGCAGAGUCAGGAGAAGCAUGUCCCAGUGAUGGGCAGUAUGGGGUGGAUACAUCAGAGCCGGAGUGGGAUCGGGAAGGUGGCGACGUCAGUCUCGGGGAGGAUGAGAGCGCUCCCGAGAUCGCGGCUGCGUUGGAAAGACCAAGGAGGCGCGGUCAGGGUCGGGGCGGGAGCGUCCACACCCCCGUGGUGACGCAGGCAGGGGUGGGGCGUGUCCAGGGUGCAGGCGUUUGCCAGGGCACCGCCUCCACACCGUUCCCACGGCAAUCGACUCAUGCGCACAGCCAAUCCCGGCCAGUCUCAGACAUUGUAAAGCUGAAGCAGUUGAUACAGCGAGAGUCGACAUCCCAGGCUGCGGGAUUUGCAAGUGUAAAUCAAUUGUUACAAGAUUUGCACAGGGAUUUAUCAGAGAUGCAGAUAGGGGAACAAACGUCCGAGUCUUUUGCAGUGCCGACCUCAGCCGGUCAGACGACAGCGCCACCUAGUGGCGGGACUGCAAUAUUGCAAGAGGUUUUGCCGGAGCCGGUUGCCCAAGCCAUCGCGCCACCCAGUGGUGGGUCUGUAACAUUGCAACACUUUUUUCCAGUUUUAUAUAAGAAGAAGUCUAGGGCGAGGAAGACUACACCUGCACGACAGCAGGAACCUCCGCUGAUUCCAGAGCGGCAUGAAACUCAGGACACUCCUGCUGAGGCGCAGCAACAGGAUGAUACUGUAUGUAUUACUGCUUCGGAGGGUAUCCCAGUCUGGACAAUUCCAACAUUAAGGUCUGCUGAUUCCUCACGUCAGGGAGAGUCAAUUAUAAUAUCAAAAGGAGUUGUUGAGUUUCUUUUACAGUAUCUGACCACAGCUUUGGAGUCACAUUCGGAGCUGCUGACUCAUCUUUCGAAAAUUUCUCAAACAAUACAGGGCAGCCGUGUGUUUUCUUCUGCAGCAGACGUUCCAUUCUCAUCCGCAAUCACCCAGCCCUCAUCCUUGCAGAUGCCACAGAUGUCGUUCUUACAGACACCCAGGCUCUUGUAUGGCAAAAGGCAUGGAGGAGAUCCCUGGAGGAGCUGAGAGCCAGAUACCAGGGCGGACGCAGAUCCAAGAAGCAAAGACACGGGCACGCAAACGAAGGCAGACAACGGCGCUGCAAACAUCUCAUCAGACAACGAUUGAUAAUUCAGAGACUUGGGGUUCUUCUUGGGACUCGAGUAUCAUUCGGGUGUUGCUGCACUGCAAGGUUUCUCGCAGAGAGUGAGGACAUGGGCAUGGGGUUCAGACAGAUAGUGUUCAUGUGCUUCAUUCUUUUGCCUGUUGCCGUGAGCAAUAGGGCACAUUUUCCCAUGAGGCAGCCAAAGGGAAAUGUGUGGGAAACUUUGGCAAAAGCAGCAGGUCUGGACAGCAUUUGUCUGACUCAUUCAAGGCCAGGGAAACCAUUCUCGACAUGUUUGGUAGGUGUGCCGGUGAAGGAAUGGCCGAUCCCAAAAAACAUCCCUCCAAAGGUUCUGAAAUCUUUUUCGGAUCCUAUGGAAGGAUGGCAUGUCUGGACACAGUUCCUUCCUGUGGCUCAUUUUGAACCCCAGGAAUUGGACAUUUUUGGGUCAACAAGAAUGAAAUUUUGCAUCAUAUUCAACCCAUCGGGAGUGACAGAGACAGAUAACCACACGAUAGAUGUCACUCCAAACCAGCUUUUUUACAGAAAUGCAUCAUCCUGGUGCAAUUACACCAAGAUGAUGAGCAAACUAUCCCUCCAGAAUUCAGCUGUUUUACCAAAAGGAAACUUCUUAAUUUGCGGGGACAGAAUUUGGCCUGCUAUCCCUGCAAAAAUCAGGGGAGGUCCAUGCAGCAUUGGAGAACUCUCAUUGAUAACACCCAAUUUGAAAAUUUUGAGGGAACAAUCACACAGAAAAAUAAGAUCCAUUGAACAAUAUGGCCCAAAUUGUGAUGAUGAAGUUUAUACCUGGGACAAGGCUCGGAGAAUUGCAGUAGCAAUUUUCUCACCCCAAGCAGCAUCGGGGGUGGCCUUGACACAAUUGGACCACAUAGCGUGUUGGUUGAGCAAACACACUCAUGCCAUUUCCUCUGCACUGAGCGACAUGUUAACAGAUAUCGACAGUGCGAGACAAGCAACACUUCAGAACAGGGCGGCAAUUGAUUAUUUGCUGCUAUCACACGGACAUGGGUGUGAAGAAUUUGAGGGAAUGUGCUGCAUGAACUUGUCUGAUCAUUCGAAAUCUAUCCAUGAAAACAUAAGACAAAUGCAAAAUAGCAUCAACAAAUUGCAAAAGGUUACAGGAUCAUGGUGGGAUGAUUUCAUCAACCUUUUUAGUCUCUCACCAUUCUGGAGGGAGCUUUUGAAGAUAGCAUUCUAUAUUCUUAUAGGGUUUCUAGUUCUCCUGCUUGUUCUGCCGUGCAUUUUUCUAUGCACUCGGCGGGUCAUGGACAAAGUGGCAAGACAGGUCUUCUUGGUGCAAACAGGAGGGGGAGAUGUCGGAACCCAAGGUGUCCCUCAGACACUCUUGGAUGUUCUGGGCCCAGGGCAGAAGCCUCUGAGACCCUGGCAGGUGGCCAGGGACCCCUGUGGUCUUGAGCUUGACCCAUGGAACAAUUUACCAACCUUGCAGGAAGAACAAGAAAUCACAAAAGUUUAGAUAUUAUAGUAGAAGUAGUCACAAAGUGAAAGGUAGGAUUUUUGAGUGCUGUACAGGGGGGUUUUAGGCCUUGUACAGGGGGGUCUGAGUUUUGUACAUGGGGGUCAGAAGUUCUAAGAUGGAGGGAUUUGGGCGUGCCCUGUCCUCCUUCUUUCUUCUUCCUAUUCUCCAUGUUCUUGGUGGUGUUGGCACUCACAGAUUGGUUUAGAGUAGAAAGUCACUGUUCAAUAUAGGUAGUAGACAUUGGGGAAAAACUGUAAACACCUAAUACGUAAUAUGUGAUAUAAAAGAUGGCACCAGCCCCUCGGGGAGGGGAGACGGGAGACAGCCAGAGACGGGGACAGACAGAGUCAGUGACAAUGUCAGGGAGUCUGUGUGCCUUGAGAUAACAUGCAAUAAACUGCCUUGAGACCGGA